CCAUAAGGGAAUAGAUCAUUACAAACAAUUCGGAUGUCCUCUACUUCUAUAACCAUCCGCUCUAAAAUAAAACUAAACAUUGUGAACUUGUCAAGCAUAUGGAUGUUACGAACGGACUCCUGAAUACGAGAACAGCAGGCAGAGCAUAUAUAAAUGUCUAUACCUUAUUUUCUUAAUGAAUUAAUUGUUACUAAAUCGCACUGUAAUAUCUAGGUUUGACAUAUAUAACUUUGUGAACAUAGAUAUUUGUGUGACUAAAGGUAAGUAAACAUGAUAAGAUAUCUUCCGAGCCAGGUACUUCAAACAUUCAUAUGAAUAAGUUCAUAUUAUAUAUGUUCCAUGCUUUCACUAUAUGAUCUUAAAAUUGUUCAAUUAUGCAACGUACUUGAGCUCUUCAUUAAUAAGUAAGUUUUAUAAAGAAAGAUGGCUGCGGAUGAACUUGCAGUCAAAACAGCAGGACUCAGGAAUCGAACCACGUUGCAGAAAACAAUAGAAACUGGAGUCCUCGUAUUAUCUUGGGUAGUGAUGGGUUUGUAUUGUGAAACAUCUGGACCAACUCUCAUUGAUCUAAAAUACAGACUGAACACAAAUUAUGAAGAUCUUGCUGCGGCUUUCUCUGCGGCUGGUAUCGGGACGUUUCCGGGCUCCUUAAUUGGUGGUUUUGUUAUCGAUAAAUUCAGCGGGUACAGUCAUUUGACGCUAGCUCUGGCUUUGGAUUUUGCAGCAGCCGCAGUGGUGUUUAUACCAUGGGUUCCAAGCGUGCAAUACAUUUGGAUUUUAAGUUUUGCUACUGGUUUUGUUCUUUCUAUACAUAAUGCAGCCGGAACCCGCAUCAUCUUGAACAUUUGGAAAGAUAAUUCGGCUUCACCAAUGAUACUGAUGCACUUAGGCUAUGGAAUUGGGUCUUUUCUAAUACCUCUGUACUCGAAUCCAUUUCUUGGAGUUGAGGUUCAAAACGGUAAUGAAAAUAAAAUCAUCUACGGUAAUAUCAGUACAACAAUAAUGACGACAAAUGUUUCACAAUCAUCGGAAGAAAAGCUUUCUCUUGAUAAUUCAAGAAUUGAAUAUGCAUACGCUAUCUCGGCUAUUGGUACUGUAGGUAUUUCUGUUGUGUUUUUCGCCUUUCAAUUGAUCGAAAACAAAAUUAUCAGACAAUAUAAGGACAUCGAAACUAGAAGAAGAUCUGAAGUUGAUAGCGAGCAUGUCAGUGAAAUACAUGACGCAACAGAAAAGGAACAAUCGAAGUCGGAGCCAGGUGAAAAUGAGGACACUUGUAAUAACUGCAAAGGUUUGCUGCAAAUGAUAAACCCAGCAUCUUGUGCGAAAGGGAGAUUUUGGUACGGGUCAAGCAUACUAUUUUUUAUGUUUUUCUAUUUUGGGAACGCUGGAGGUGGACAAAGAUUCAUUUCACAGUUUAUUCGAAGUUUUUCCAUAGAUCAGCUUAACUUCUCAAACACAGACGGUUCGCUUUUAAACACAAGCUUUUGGAUAAGUUUUUCCGUUGGUCGCUUAAUUUUUUUCAUAAUAGCUAGAUGGAUAUCCGUGAAAGUUCUAAUUAUCUUGGAAACAGGCGGUUUUAUGUGUUCGGCGAUUCUAAUGGCUAUUUUUGCGAAUGGAAAUUCUACUGCAUUGUGGGUUCUUAUUCAACCAGUUGCCUUCUUUAUCGGACCAUUAUGGCCAACCGGUGUUGCUUGGACAGAUUAUCACAUAGAACUGACUGGUAUGGGAAUGACAACGCAAAUGCUUGGGGCUUCUGUUGGCUUUAUAUGUCAUUUGCGUUUAAUUGGGUACUUAUAUGAUAAUAUAGGACCGCAGACAUACGUUUAUCAUGUGGCAGGUAGUGCCAUCUUUGGGUUUGUUUUAGCUGUAGCGUUAGCUUUAAUUGGUGCUAAACAUGGAAACAGGUUUGAUUCUGGAUCGGUUGAUUUGCCAAUUGAGCAAAACGAGAAAAGCAAUAGAGACUCUUUAAAAACAACGGAAAAUGGUCUUAAAGAAUAACGUAAUCGUUUCGAGACAUAA